AUGCUCACCCUUCGCUUCGAGCAGUUCGGCGACCGCGUCAAGUUCUGCUCACCGUCGCGCCCGCACGUGGUCACGCGCCCCUCGCCUCCCGUCGACGCGCCCGUCCGCGCACCCAGGCUGACGCAUAACGAGCCGUGGUGCAUCUCCAUCCUCGGCCACGGUCGCAGCGUGUUCACCCCCGGGCGGUCAAGUGACCGCGUGCGCUCGCCCGAGGGCGAUUCCUCGGCUGAGUCAUGGAUUCUUCUCGCUGCCCAGCGCGCAUCUGCGCGCCGCGGCGAGGACCGCAAGCUCUCUGCGGACGGCUCGCAGGCUGUAUGCGCCAGGUCGCUGCUCUCGCCGCCAACGGCGAUACUGCUGUUGAUCGCGAGUGUCAUGCUCCCCAUGAUGGUUGUGCCGGUGCAGGUCGACGAUGCCACGCUGUCGGGCGUGCGGCAUGACAUGGCGAGUGUGUUUGAGGUCUUCCCAGGAGUCGUUGAGGGCACGCUCAUCAAUAGAAGAGCGUACAGAAAAACCAAUUGCGAACUCACUCUGAGUUUUAUGCUUGUUCCUGUACGUCGAAUCCGAAAUCCACGAGGGCCAUCGCUUGUCCUCGGUAAGGAUCAGGCGCCGUUUAUCGUCUCUUUGAAAACCCUGCUGUACAAGCUUCCAUACACGUCCACCAGCAUUAUCCGUAUCCCAGAGCCACAAUUUGUCCCCACUGCCAUUCUUGUGAUAGAAAAGGUCGCCAUGUCGUCCAUCGUGACACUGAUCAAAGUCCGGAGGGUCGUCCACAACGCCUUUGACGUCGGCGUUAGAACGAUCGGACACAUCUAUGCGAAAGGCGUGCCACUUUCGUUUGUAGAUCUGCAGCUCGUUAUCAGUCGCAAAGAUAUCAGCGCGAGGGGCAUGAACCCACGGUGCUGGAAUUGUCGCUUGUUUGAAAACUACUACUCGGCGCAAGGAUGGGCGGGCAUGUCGGGUCGAGAAGAGUAG